AUGCCCGACAUCGAGCUCCUCACAGCUGCAACCCCCAACGGCCAGAAAAUCUCCAUCUUCCUCGAAGAGCUCGGGAUUACGUACAAAACGACCUCCAUUGACCUGGGCGCGAACGAACAGAAGAAGCCUGAAUUCUUCGCCGUCAACCCGAAUGGAAGGAUUCCGGCAAUCAUCGACCACACGAGGGGAGAUUUCCACGUAUUUGAGUCGGGCGCUAUCUUUCUGUAUCUCGCCGAACACUACGACAAGGACUUCGCCUUCCGCUUCCAAGAUGCGGACGAGAAAAGCGAAAUGCUGCAAUGGUUAUUCUUCCAGAAUGCGGGCGUGGGACCUAUGCAAGGCCAAGCAAACCACUUCUUCCGAUACGCGCCUGAGACAAUCCAAUACGGCAUUGACCGCUACCAAAAUGAGACCAAAAGACUCUAUUCCGUUCUUGAAGAGCGGCUGAAGGAUCGCGAGUAUCUAGCUGGCAAAGGCAAAGGAAAGUACAGCGUCGCCGACAUGAGCACGUUCACCUGGGUGCGCUGGGGCCCUUGGGCAGGCAUUGAGCUGGAGAAGUUUCCGCGGCUGUAUGACUGGAUGAAGAAGAUUGAAGCGCGGCCGGCGGUGCAGAAGGGGCUGUUGGUGCCCAAUGACGAUCCGUUCAAGGAGUGGGUCAUGAAGGGCCAGGAUGAGCUGAAGGAGAAACAUGGUUCGUGA